AUGUCAUCCGCCGCCCAAGAAGAAUUCAAUCAACUCCUCCAGAACAAUCGAGACCGGUUCUCGACUCACCCUGAAGACCGAGACAAUCACUCCGAUCGAGACGACUCCGAUCACUCCUCCGACGAUAACGAUCACGAAGACCACAGCCGCCCUCACUUCUCCGACGCAGACGACGACGACGACGACGACCUCCACAGAUCCUCUGCCAUGCACUCUCGUAACACCAGUACCUACAAGAUCCCCAAUGCCACCUUCGAUGCCAACACAGGCCCCAAGGGUGUCAUCGCCGACGCCCAGGCCUUCGAGCGUGCCCGCAAAUCCUCCUUCCGCCGCACCCUGCUGAGCGUCGCCGGCAUUGACCGACCCCACUACUCGAUGAAGUCCACCACGGACGACGCCACGCUGCUGCACAACUCCUCCCCGCCUGACGGGUCCUCGGGCAGCGAUGACGAGGAGCGGUUUCUGCGCCAGUGGCGCACCUCGCGCAUGCAGGAGAUGCAGGCCCGUACGCUCCGCAAGCCCAGUCCUCGCCGCCGGUUGUAUGGGUCCGUCGACCACGUGGAUGCCGUUGGGUAUCUGGAUGCCAUUGAGAAGGUCACUUCGGGGACGGUGGUCGUCGUCUGUCUGUAUGAUCCGGAGUCCACUCCCAGUGCCCUGGUCGAAGACUGCCUGAACACCAUCGCUCGCCGCCAACCCACCGUUCACUUCAUCAAGCUGCACCACGAAAUCGCGGAGAUGGAUAACAUCGAGGCCCCGGCGUUGCUGGCGUACCGCGACGGGGAUGUCUUCGCCACGAUCGUCGAGAUCAUGCGCCAGAUUCCCAAGGGGCGGAGUCUGAGUGCCGACAGUCUGGAGGACUUGUUGAAGAUGCACCGCAUCCUCUAA